UUUUGUUUUGUAACAAUAAUUAAUCUACAAAUUUUAAAGAAAACAGUACAUUUUAAUAGUGUACCUUUUAUAAGUUCAAAAUGAAGCAGUCAAUUCGGCAUUUGUUAAUAAUAUCUAAGAAGUUCUAAUAUUUAACUGGUUAAUAUUGGGGAAAAUAAUUCAGACAACAAAAGAGCGAGCAAAACAAAUAUAAAAAUGCCAAAUUAAAAGUAAAGUUCUUAUUAUUUACUUAUUAAUACUUCGAUGCGUGUUUGUCUAAUGUGCAAUAGUUUUUUAACAUUGCUGCCAUAAAAAUAUUUAUAAACUUUAUGUCUGUGAGUUCGUAUUUGCAAUAAAUGAAAAAAUCACUAAAUAUGUCGGAUGGUUUAAGUGUGCUGCAAAUAAAGCAGGAGGUUGAUACAUCUUCCACAUCUGGCAAUACGGCAUAUUGCUGCAGUCCCACAACCUCAACAAACAUUGGCGUCAAUCGCUCGAAUUCAUAUUCGAAUGGUACCAACACAAGCAGCAGUAGUUGUGGGGGCUUGGGCAAUACUUCUACUUCCAACUCAACAAGCUAUAACAGUGUUAGUAAAUCGUCGCCUUCCGUAUCGCCAGAACGACAAAUGUGUAGUUCCACAACAACACUAACCAAUGAUUUGCACAACGUCUGCCUGAAGAACGAAAACAGUGCCAAUACAAACGGUAGCACAACUGGCGGAGGCAACAGCAGUGGUUCCAUAAGAGAUGAACUGAGGCGUUUGUGUUUGGUUUGUGGAGAUGUAGCCUCUGGUUUUCAUUAUGGCGUUGCCAGUUGUGAGGCGUGUAAAGCCUUUUUUAAACGCACCAUACAAGGCAAUAUUGAAUAUACUUGUCCUGCCAACAAUGAAUGCGAAAUAAAUAAGCGUCGCCGUAAAGCAUGCCAGGCCUGUCGUUUUCAGAAAUGUUUGCUCAUGGGCAUGUUAAAGGAAGGAGUACGGUUAGAUCGUGUACGCGGUGGAAGACAGAAAUAUCGUCGCAAUCCUGUUUCGAAUUCAUAUCAAACCAUGCAAUUACAAUAUCAAUCGGGCACUACUUCAUUAGAAGACGUUAAAAUAUUGGAAGUGUUGAAUUCAUAUGAGCCUGAUACAUUAACAGUGCAGCAACAACCGCAUACCACAACCUCCGAUGAGAAUAGCAGCUCACAAAUUAAAAUAGAGUUGAAUAACAGCAAUGCCUCAACAGCAAGCACACCUCCAAUUGGCACAUGCAUUUUUCAGAAUAACAAUAACGACCCACAAGAGAUUCUCUGCGUUCUCAGUGAUAUUUACGAUAAAGAAUUGGUAGGUGUCAUUGGUUGGGCCAAGCAGUUACCUGGUUUUACAGAUCUUCCACUUAACGACCAAAUGAAAUUAUUACAAGUUUCUUGGGCUGAAAUUUUAACGUUGCAACUUACGUUUCGUUCAUUGCCAUUCAAUGGUAAACUCUGUUUCGCCACAGACGUUUGGAUGGAUGAACUGCUAGCUAAAGAAUGUGGCUAUUCCGAAUUUUAUUAUCACUGUGUACAAAUCGCUCAACGUUUGGAACGUAUUUCACCUCGAAGAGAAGAAUAUUACCUGCUGAAAGCGUUACUGCUUUCCAAUUGUGAUAUAUUGCUUGACGACCAAAGCUCAUUGCGUUUAUUUCGCGACACCAUUUUGAGUUCUCUGAAUGAUGUAGUAUUUCUCUUACGACACACUGCUGCUGUAUCGCAUCAACAACAAUUACUGCUAAUAUUGCCAUCAUUUCGUCAGGCUGACGGCAUUUUAAGGCGAUUCUGGCGUAAUGUAAGCCAUGAGGGCACAAUCAAUCUCAAGAAGCUCUUUCAAGAAAUGCUUGAACCUGUUUCGAGGUGAGAACGCAUUUUAUUAAAAAGCAAAUAAGUCUCUGCUUUCUUGACUUCUGUACUUUCUGUUAAGCAAUACUGUAGUUUUAAUUUAGUCUAUAAACUAAGGUGCAAAGUUAAUUAUUAUGUAUUUAUGUUAUGAGUUUUGGUGUAACACAAUAAUAUAUUAAACGAUAAUAUAACAUACCUCGAGAUUAAUAUAGAGAAAGGUUCUAAGCAAAAACACACUGUGUAGAAG